AUCAUCUGAAACACCGUUCGACGGCUACCAUGGUUACAACAUCACUUUGUGCUGAACGUCACCACUUCUUGUGGCUAACGUUGUGCACAUAACAUUUUGAGGAGGCGUUCUUUGUGACAUUGUUCAAUCAAGUAAAAACGAGAAAACGGAUAAAUGGACCGUGGGUCGAAGCACAGGCAGGUGAAGCCUCUGGCUGCCUCUCUGCUGGACGCCUUAGAUUAUGACAGCUCAGACGACAGUGAUUUCGAAGUGGGAGACGCAGAUGCCUCAGGGUCAGAGGGUAGUGCCAUUGGGAGUGAUGAGGAGGGGUCCAAGGAGGAGAGCGCUGCUGAGGACUCUGAAAACGACAGCGACUCUGACAACAUCGGCUCUGCAAUGGACGGUGAGGAACAGACCAAGGAGCUGACAGGUGACGACACCCCCACAGAGGAAGAGGAGAGGACCAAGGAAGAGCAGCCGUCCUCUGACACUAGCACCACCACCACUAAAGACCCUGCUCAAUCAGGGGUGCCCAAGGGCCGACGGAGGAGAGAGGAGAAGGCCUCGGACACAGAGGCUGGGAGUGGAGGAAGCGAGAGUGGCACAGGUCGUGGUAAUGUGGGUAGUGGUAAUGUGGUAGUGGUAAUGCGGAGGACGGCCGCGACACAGGAGCCCAAGAAGUGGAACCUGCGUUGUAAACGCCCUAUGCUGGACUUCACCACCAUGGAAGAGCUCAACGAGAUGGACGACUACGACAGCGAAGACGACAAUGACUGGAGGCCCACCUCCGGCAAGAAGAAAGCCAAGACGGCGGCCACUCAGAGAGGAGGAAGCGAGGGAGAGGAGGAGGCGGAGGAGGAAGAUGACGACGGAGGGAGCGGUAGUGAGGAUGAUGACAACGAUGGUGGUGAUGAUGAAGAUGAGAACGAAGAAGGGAGCAGUAGCGACAGUGAUAAAGAGGUGAAGAAACCCAAUAAGAAAGUGAUAAGCAGCAGUGUGUUUGACAAGGAGCUGACCAAUGACAGCAUGUCACAGGGAAAGAGCAACAAGGAUGCCCUGCUGGAGCGUGCCCAGGUGUGGAGCGCGGUGGCCCAGAGGAUGGAACACAUCCUGAUCUGCUGCGUGUGUCUGGGAGACAACAGCGAGGACGCUGACGAGAUCAUCCAGUGUGACAACUGUGGUGUGACUGUACACGAAGGUUGCUAUGGAGUGGACGGUGAGAGCGAUUCCAUCAUGAGUUCUGCCUCGGAGAACUCUACGGAACCGUGGUUCUGUGAUGCCUGCAAGAACGGAGUCACGCCCAGCUGUGAGCUCUGCCCCAAUCAGGACGGGAUCUUCAAAGAGACUGACGCUGGGAGAUGGGUCCAUGUGGUUUGUGCGCUCUACGUCCCUGGAGUAGCGUUUGGGGACAUUGAUAAACUACGACCAGUGACUCUCACAGAGAUGAACUACUCCAAGUAUGGGGCCAAGGAGUGCAGUUUCUGCGAGGACACCCGGUUCGCCCGCACAGGCGUGUGUAUCAGUUGUGAUGCUGGCAUGUGCCGAUCCUACUUCCAUGUGACCUGUGCUCAGAGGGAGGGGCUUCUCUCCGAGGCAGCUGCGGAGGAGGACAUAGCUGAUCCCUUCUUUGCGUACUGUAAGCAGCAUGCGGACCGCUAUGACAGGAAGUGGAAGAGGAAGAACUACCUGGCUCUCCAGUCCUACUGCAAGGUGUCUCUACAGGACAAAGAGAAGCAGUUGGCCCCCGAGGCACAGAACCCCUGGCAGGCCCGUAUUACCACCCGGCUGCAGCAGUACCGGUCCAGGGCAGAGCUGUCCCGUAACACCCGGCCCCAGGCCUGGGUCCCCCGGGAAAAGCUGCCGCGACCCCUGACCUCCAGCGCCUCCGCCAUCAGGAAACUCAUGAGGAAGGCUGAGCUCAUGGGCAUCAGCACGGACAUCUUCCCCGUAGACACGUCAGACAUCAGCGCCAGUGUGGACGGACGCAGGAAACACAAGCAUCCCGCCCUCACUGCAGACUUCGUCAACUAUUACCUGGAGAGGAACAUGAAGAUGGUGCAGAUCCAGGACAAUAUCUCUGAGCAGAAGAGCCUCAAAGACAAGCUGGAGAGUGAGCAGGAGAAGCUGCACGUCGACUACAACAAGCUGUGUGAGUCUCUGGAGGACCUGCAGAAUGUCAACGGUGUUCUGAGGAGUGAGGGCCAGGUCAUAUGGAUCAUGCUGGGAGGAAUCCUAGGACAGAAACUGAACUCCCCGUCGGUCCUGAAAGCCCCUAAAGAGAGGAAGCCCAGCAAGAAGGAGGGAGGAGCUCCUGGGAAGUCCUCCAACCUACCAGCUGUCCUCUACAGCUGUGGGAUCUGUAAGAAAAACCAGGACCAGCAUCUCCUGCUCCUGUGUGACACCUGCAAGCUCUACUACCAUCUGGGCUGUCUGGAGCCUCCGCUGACACGCAUGCCCAAGAAGACCAAGAACAGCUACUGGCAAUGUUCAGAGUGUGACCAGGCCAGUAGCGAUGAUGCCGACAUUGCCAUGGAGACCCUGCCCGACGGCACCAAAAGGUCUCGGAGACAGAUUAAAGGACCAAUCAAAUUCAUCCCUCAGGAGAUGUCCCCAGAGCCCAAGAAACGAGAUGUGAGGGGCACGGUUAUUGUCCUGCUGAAUGGUGGAUUUGUCUCCCAGUGUCUAUUGGAAAGCAGACUGAACCAGAGAACCAGAGGGCAGAAGAGGAAGAGGGUGUCCGUCUGUGAAGAAGAAAAGUUUGAGGUGCAGGAACCGGCUCUACGGGAGCGGCAUCAGCGCCAGUCUGCGAUGCAGAAGAAGACACCUAAAGCAGACGACACCAGGACCGACUGUACAUCCUGCAAAGGACCUGGGGACAACGAGAACCUCGUCAGGUUGUGAGAGCCGGGGCAGACACCUCUCCUCACCUCCCCACACCUUGACACAGCUGGACAGAUGAGAGAGAGAAGCAGACCUUUGGCUUAGAGGCAGAGAGGGACUUAAUUACGUGGAAGAAUGACAGCGGCGGUGUGGGAUCAGAUGGCCAUCUUUGACCUUCCAACCACGGUCUUCUUCGUGACCCAAAUUGGGCCUUCUACUGGCCGUCCAAUUAAAAUUGAGGGAGAGAGGCAGAAAUGGAAAUUAACUUUGAUGAAUUCUAAAAUACUUGUUGAAAUUAGCAAAUUAAGUUUUGGAAGGUUCAGUAUUACUGAACUGGUCAUUCUUGGAAGAAACAACAGGCCCUUUAUGAUCAUCACUGCCAACUCUAAGAGUCCAUCUCUAAGGACUAAGGUCUAUCUAGAGUAAGGAGUGAUUCUGAAACUGAACAAUAUUACUAGAAGCAUCUCAUUGGUUACCUGUCUGUCUGCUCCUCUCUAUUCCUCUAACAAUGGUGCUUCUUCUCUUCCCCUUUUUUGUCUCCCUUGUUCCCUUUUCUGUUUCUCUACCCCUGUCUCUUCACUCUCUCCUCAGCCCCCUUCCCUCUCUCAUCCAUUCUAUGUUGGCACUUCACUCCUUUGACCUCCCUAAGCAUCUUAUCACCACAUCCAAUCAGUUGUAUUGACUCGAGUCAUUUGUGGUCCAAUCACAUAGUGUUUUCCUCAGUAAAGGCCUUUAAUUGGAGAUGCACUUGAACUUAAGCUCUCAUCAUCUUCUUCUAGUGUUGUCGUCAAGUAGAACUUUCUAGAGUAGAGGAAAAGUAGUGAUUUUUAGUAGAAUGAUUUUCCUUUCUGGUGUUUGAGAAUUACUGUAAGUAGCUGCUUAGAUAAGGUUUAACAUAUUGAAAAAUAGCAACAUUCGUAGUAAUGGUUAUUGUAACUUCUAAUGUGAAUGUGUGUGUACAGUAGGUUUUUAGUAUCCCUUCCUUCCUCUCUUUAAUAUUUUUAAAGUGACAGUUUAACUCUGAGUUCUAUUGGAAGUGUGUGUGUGCACGCGCCUCCCCAGUGCCCCAUAGUGAGUGCUGUCAACUGAGCAGCUGCCAUGUGGUCUGUCUGUCAGGGUCCUUGACAGAAGUGUCACAGUUUGCCCUCACAUGUCACUCCUCCGCUCAUCUCCCCCAUCCCAGGACCCUCUAUGUCACUACUCCUCUCUUCUGCCCAUCUGUCUGGGGACCCUAUAUCCAUGGCUCUGGGAGCUGCCAAACCUCACAUAAUGCUUAGGUCCACUGGAAAAUCUGCUGAGGAAAUAAAUAUGGUGGUUUGGUAGUUUUCCUGUGAAGAUUAGAGAUGCCUGUACAGUUUGACCUGGUCACUCACCACGUCAUGUCACCCCCACGAGCCCUCAUCCUUCUCAUCCUCUUCCGUCUCCUCAACAAAAAUUAGAGGAUAGCCUCUAGCUAACCUUACUACAUCUAACCAGCUAACCCUACUACAGCUAACCAGCUACCCUACUACAGAUAACCCUACUCCAGCUAACCCUAAUGCAACUAACCCUACUGCAGUUAACCCUACUUUCAGCUAAUUCUAUUCCAAUUAACCCUACUAAAGCCAACCCUACUACAGCCAACCCUACUCCAACUAACCCUACCC